CCGGAAGUGUUCCCAUUUUGCGUCGUCGGGGCUCGGCGGCUGCCCGGCUCCAGGCGGACGGACCACCAUGGGGUCGUCAAAGAAGCACCGUGGGGAGAAGGAGGCCGCCGGGACGACGGCGGCGGCCAGCACUGGGGGCGCCGCCGAGCAGCCGCCGCGCCAUCGGGAGCACAAGAAGCACAAACACCGGAGUGGAGGCGGCGGCAGCAGCGGCGGCGAGCGACGGAAGCGGAGCCGGGAGCGCGGGAGCGAGCGCGGGAGCGGGCGGCGCGGGGCCGAGGCCGAGGCCCGCAGCAGUGCGCACGGGCGGGAUCGCAGCCAGGCCGAGCCCUCGGAGCGGCGCGUGAAGCGGGAGAAGCGCGAUGACGGCUACGAGGCCGCUGCCGGCUCCAAAACCAGCUCCGGAGAUGCCUCGUCUCUCAGCAUCGAGGAGACCAAUAAACUCCGGGCGAAGCUGGGGCUGAAACCCUUGGAGGUCAAUGCCGUGAAGAAGGAGGCGGGCACCAAGGAGGAGCCCGUGACAGCCGACGUCAUCAACCCCAUGGCCUUGCGGCAGCGCGAGGAGCUGCGGGAGAAGCUGGCCGCUGCCAAGGAGAAGCGGCUGCUGAACCAGAAGCUGGGGAAGAUAAAGACGCUGGGGGAGGACGACCCCUGGCUGGACGACACGGCGGCCUGGAUCGAGAGGAGCCGGCAGCUGCAGCGGGAGAAGGACCUGGCGGAGAAGAGGGCCAAGCUGCUGGAGGAGAUGGACCAGGAGUUUGGCGUCAGCACCCUGGUGGAGGAGGAGUUCGGGCAGAGGCGGCAGGACCUGUACAGCGCCCGGGACCUGCAGGGCCUCACCGUGGAGCACGCCAUCGACUCCUUCCGGGAGGGCGAGACUGUGAUCCUCACCCUCAAGGACAAAGGCGUGCUGCAGGAGGAGGAGGACGUGCUGGUGAGCGUGAACCUGCUGGACAAGGAGCGGGCGGAGAAGAACGUGGAGCUGCGCAGGAAGAGGCCCGCCUACCUGCCGUACGCGGACGAGAGCGUCGACGACCUGGCCCAGCAAAAGCCUCGUUCUGUCCUGUCCAAGUACGACGAGGAGCUCGAGGGCGAGCGGCCGCGCUCCUUCCGCUUGGAGCAGGGCGGCACGGCCGACGGCCUGCGCGAGCGGGAGCUGGAGGAGAUCCGGGCCAAGCUGCGGCUGCAGGCUCAGUCCCUGAGCACGGCGGGGCCGCGCGUCGCCUCCGAGUACCUCACGCCCGAGGAGAUGGUCACCUUCAAAAAGACCAAGCGGAGGGUGAAGAAAAUCCGGAAGAAGGAGAAGGAGGUGGUGAUGCGGGCGGAUGACCUGCUGCCCCUGGGGGACCAGAGUCAGGACGGGGACUUCGGCUCCAGGUCACGGGGCCGGGGUCGGCGCCGAGUGCCUGAGACAGAGGAGGAGGCCCCGGGGGAGGAGGAGGAGAAGGAGCCGGUGCCCCCGCUGCCGCCGUCGGACGACGCGCGCGUGGAGAACAUGGACAUCAGUGACGAGGAGGAGGGCGCCCCGCCCCCUGGCUCCCCGGUGCUGGAGGAGGACGAGGCCGAGCUGGAGCUGCAGAAGCAGCUGGAGAAGGGGCGGCGGCUGCGGCAGCUGCAGCAGCUGCGGGACAGCGGCGAGAAGGUGGUGGAGAUCGUGAGGAAGCUGGAGUCUCGGCAGCGGGGCUGGGAGGAGGACGAGGACCCCGAGCGCAAGGGCGCCAUCGUGUUCAACGCCACCUCCGAGUUCUGCCGCACCCUGGGCGAGAUCCCCACCUACGGGCUGGCCGGCAACCGCGAGGAGCAGGAGGAGCUCAUGGACUUUGAGCGAGACGAGGAGCGCUCAGCUCACGGCGGCUCCGAAUCCGACGGGGAGGAGAACAUUGGCUGGAGCACGGUCAACCUGGACGAGGAGAAGCAGCAGCAGGACUUCUCUGCCUCCUCCACCACCAUCCUGGACGAGGAGCCCAUCGUCAACAGAGGCCUGGCCGCUGCCCUGCUCCUGUGUCAGAACAAAGGGCUGCUGGAGACCACGGUGCAGAAGGUGGCGCGGGUGAAAGCACCCAACAAGUCCCUGCCCUCGGCCGUGUACUGCAUCGAGGACAAGAUGGCCAUCGAUGACAAGUACAGCCGGCGGGAGGAGUACCGGGGCUUCACCCAGGACUUCAAGGAGAAGGACGGCUACAAGCCAGACGUGAAGAUCGAGUACGUGGACGAGACGGGCCGGAAGCUCACGCCCAAGGAGGCUUUCCGGCAGCUGUCCCACCGCUUCCACGGGAAGGGCUCGGGCAAGAUGAAGACGGAGCGGCGGAUGAAGAAGCUGGACGAGGAGGCGCUCCUGAAGAAGAUGAGCUCCAGCGACACGCCGCUCGGCACCGUGGCGCUGCUGCAGGAGAAGCAGAAGGCCCAGAAGACGCCCUACAUCGUGCUCAGCGGCAGCGGCAAGAGCAUGAACGCGAACACCAUCACCAAGUGAGGCCGGCCUCCCCCCCCCACCCCCCACCCCCCCCCCGUAGUAAAUAAAGCUCCCUCCUUAUUUUUC